AUGUAUGCUAAUCACGGGCAGAAUGGAGGUGGCUCAUGCACGGCUCGGUUUAGAGCAACCUCGGGCCCCCCAGCCUCGGCCCCCGUCUCUCCCGUCUCCACGCUAGGCACCAACGGGGGAAGCAUUGCGAAAUUCGAGCCGCAGAAUCUGCAUUCCAGAAUGUUCAUCAAAGCAGGGGCCAGAGGAAGUCUGGGUGUAGAAGAAGCUACCCCCUGCAUCAAAGCCAUCAGCCCUAGUGAAGGAUGGACCACGGGAGGAGCCACAGUCAUCAUCAUAGGAGAUAACUUCUUCGACGGUCUCCAAGUUGUGUUCAGACGAUGCUUGUGUGGACUGAUUACACCCCACGCCAUCAGAGUGCAGACCCCACCCAGGCACAUCCCAGGAGUCGUGGAAGUCACCCUCUCCUACAAGUCCAAGCAGUUCUGCAAAGGAGCUCCUGGACGAUUUGUCUACACUGCUUUGAACGAGCCAACCAUAGACUACGGCUUCCAGAGGCUACAGAAGGUCAUUCCCAGACACCCAGGAGAUCCAGAGAGGUUACCGAAGGAGGUGUUGCUGAAGAGAGCAGCUGACCUUGUGGAGGCUCUGUAUGGGAUGCCCCACAACAACCAGGAGAUCAUCCUGAAGCGAGCGGCCGACAUCGCCGAGGCCCUGUACAGCGUCCCGCGUAACCACAACCAGAUCCCCUCACUGGGCAACACGGCGUCGCACGGCGGCAUGAUGGGAGUCAACUCUUUCGGCAGCCAGCUCGCCGUCAACGUCUCAGAGACGUCACAGGUAGGAUACAGCCGUCAAACCAGCAGUGUGUCCCCUCGAGGCUACGUCCCCAGCAGCACACCACAACAGGCCAACUACAACACCGUUAGCAACAGCAUGAACGGCUACGGCAACCCCAUGUCCAAUCUGGGAGUACCCAGUUCACCAGGCUUCCUCAACGGCUCCUCUGCCAACUCCCCCUACGGCAGUAAGUAUCAAGUAGUGCCGUCGAGCCCCACCAUGGCAGCCUCUUCGGUCAGCCUCUCUACAAACUGUAGCAGUACACACGGCAUUUUCUCAUUCUCACCUGCCAAUGUCAUCUCUGCAGUGAAACAAAAGAGCGCCUUUGCCCCUGUUGUAAGGCCCCAAGCUUCUCCACCACCUUCUUGCACCAGUGCAAAUGGCAAUGGACUUCAAGGGAUGUCUGGACUCGUCGUCCCACCCAUGUAAACCUCCCCCCCCCCCACGAGCACCAGUCGUCACAAAGGGGCUGCAGGGGGACUUGUUUAGUACCCUUUAGAAGGUUCUGGUUGAAUCUGUGUCAUCAAUCAUUAAUAAAAUCAACAACAUAUUCUGGAGAAAAAAAAAGACAUGUCAUUAACAAUUUCAUUUUAUUGACUGAUUUCUUGUCAUAUUUUACCAUUUCUUUGUCUUGAAGAAAGGAAGGAAGAAAAAUGGCUAUUUUGUAUAAAAGCGUCUGGUUUGAUCUUGGCUUUGUCUAGUUGUUGCUAUGUGUUGGGAGAAUCUUUGAGGAUGAUCAAUUUGAUGAACAACACUGAUGACAAUACCUCAGAACAUGUUUCUCUUUACACGAUGCACAACAGUUGAGCGUCUCUAUAAAUGUGAAUUCCUUAUUUCUUUCUCUUUUUAAUUUGUGGUAAAGAGAAAAGGGGGGCCAAGACAGUGUGAACACAAUUUACAACUGGAAAUAAUAUGAAAUAUAUGAUUUAAAAAAAUAAAAAUAAAAAAUAAAAAUUAACAUGAAGAGUUAAAUACAUAAUAAUCUGAUUGGCUGACAGAGGAGAUUUCAUCACGUCGACUUACUUUAUCAACAAAAAAAUAUUACGUUCUAACUUAUUGUAGGUAGAAAUUGUAAGUCAAUGAUUUAUUUUAUUUUUUUGCCUUCAAAAAGCACACUAACAGAGAUGAAAAGCUACUGUCUGUUGGUCAAAAUAAACUACUUCCACUUCUGCAGCUUACAGUUUAAGCAAGUGUGAUCUGCAAUGUUUUUCAACUUUUUUGCUAGCACUGUAUAAUAUUCCAUUCUUAGGCUACUGUGAAGUCUAUGUCUCUUGUAUCAGAAGGUUGUCCAUUUACUUCUGUCUCCUUAUUCCCUAAUGUGUUUUUGUAUGUGGUUAUACAAUUGUAGACUUUUGUGAUUUUGCCAAAGUUGUAGCUAAAUAUUUAUACACUUGUCUUGAAUUUUUUUCCAGAUCCACUUAAAUAUUUAGGACAAGAGUUUUAAUUCCUAAUAGAAACAGUGAGGGGUAAAUCACUGUACACAUUGCAACACUUUAACAUAAACAUUUGCGGUUACUAAGGGAAUUUUUUGUAACAUAUCAAUUAUAAAUAUUGUAUUUAUCUUCAAAUUCUUUUUGUAAAAUUGCUUUCGAUCAUUUAAUUUGAUCUUGUACGUAUUGUUUGUCAUGGCCAGAUAUUGUGAUAUAAUACAGAACAUUAAGCCAAUAACUAUUGCCUACAUUCACUUAUUUUUUUGUUUGUAUCAAUAGAUCGCAAUGUCUUUACAUUUCAUUUGUAUCUCAAAUUGACAUUUUACUUUGUCAAAAAUAAUUCAUUUUGUUGGUCGUUGUUUUUUUUUUCUUUUUGAGAAAAAAAAACUGUCAAAGUUCAUUGUUUAUUUUUGUAUUAAUAUAAGUUAUAUAAAACAAAAUACUUUUUUUUUGUUGAAUAAAACUGUUUGUUGUAUAGUCAAAUGACUUGUUUGUGACACAUGGCUGUAUCAAUAAUAGUAGACUGUGUGCAUGUCCAGCUGACCCCCUCCCUCCCCCAGAGGUAUGAUUCAAUUUGUGGUCGUACAUUUUGGUUUUCCUAGAAUGUAAAAAGUCAUUUUUACCUGAUACCCCAUAUCACUUAGCAGAACUGUCUUAAAAACAGGGAUUUAAAAAAAAAACACACAUGAAAAACCAUCUAAUCUGGAUUAGAAAAGACAUGUUAAUUAAGAAUCACUGAUGUUUAUUAGAAUCUGUCAGGAGAAGCUCUUUGGAAGGCCCAAGAGUGAUCUGCUGGUAGAAUGACAUCAAUCUGUAUCUACACCACAAUGCCAAUCCUUGCUCCAUGAACAUGAAUCAAAGCACAAACAUUGUUUACUGAAAAUAAUAAAAAAAAAAAUUAUGGUGACCCCCUUCAUCUUUUGACUAUUUUGUGCUCAACCUUUUUUGUUGUUGUUAAUGUUUGGCUUAAUACUCCCCCAAAUCAGAGUGAACAUCUAAAGAGAUGUUGAAGAGAUGCACACAUUCACUAUCACUAGACAGAAUGAUCUGUACUGAACAUUCCAGAGUAACUCCAUCAAAUACUGUAGCAUCAUACUGUAGCUAAAUUCACCCAUCCUUCUUCUUCUUCUUCUUCUUCUUCUUCUUCUUCUUCUUCUUCUUCUUCUUCUUCUUCUUCUUCUUCUUCUUCUUCUUCUUCUUCUUCUUCUUCUUCUUCUUCUUCUUCUUCUUCUUCUUCUUCUUCUUCUUCUUCUUCUUCUUCUUCUUCUUCUUCUCCUUCUUCUUCUCCUUCUUCUUCUUCUUCUUCUUCUUCUUCUUCUUCUUCUUCUUCUUCUUCUUCUUCUUCUUCUUCUUCUUCU